AUGAAUUCUUAUUUCGCAAACCCGUCGCUCUCCUGCCAUUUAUCUGGUGGUCAAGACGUUUUGCCCAAUGUACCCCUAAACUCCACCACCUAUGACACAGUCAGACAUUUUUCGUCGUACGGUGCUGCUGUGACCCAAAAUCGGAUAUAUGCACCUUUCUACUCUCCUCAAGAUAAUGUCGUGUUUGGGUCUGGCAGGGCACAGUAUGAAUAUGGAUCAAAUGUGUUUCUUCAAGACAAGGACGUGCUCCCCAGUUGCAGACAAACAAACAUGGGACUCAAUACACAAAGCCACAUUGCUCAAGAGUACAGUUUGGAUCAAGGAAGAGCAGGAGCUCAGGAGCAGAAAAGCAACAUCCCGAUCUACCCGUGGAUGCAGCGAAUGAACUCACACAGCGGAGUCGGCUACGGGUCAGACAGACGCAGAGGACGUCAGAUAUACUCUCGUUAUCAAACACUUGAGCUGGAAAAGGAGUUUCAUUUCAAUCGCUACCUGACCAGGCGCAGACGCAUUGAAAUCGCAAAUGCGCUUUGUUUAACAGAGCGGCAGAUCAAAAUCUGGUUUCAAAACCGACGCAUGAAAUGGAAGAAGGAGAGCAACCUGACCUCCACGGUGACUGGAAGUGAACAGACAGGAGUCUCUCAAGAGGAGGAACGCAGUGGCGCAAUGGAAGAGGGGAAAGAUGAGGAGAAGAAAAAAGAAUAA